GGGUUCUUCUCAAAUAAAACGAGGUUUCUGAUUGGUUUGUUUGUGUCAGUCUAUUCAAUGACGCCAAUCAGCGGCCUUCUAAAAUCAGCUGAGCUAAACGAGUCCAAAACCGUCCCAAAUGCAAAAUGGCGAACUUCAUCGUGACUCUGAUGUUUUUGUUUGUGUCCAAAAGUUUCUGCUAUAAGCCAGUGAUAAUUAUUCAUGGAAUUCUCGAUCAUGCGUCGGAUAUGGGAGAUCUAGCAACUUUUAUAACGCAGGCACACCCAGGAACCAGUAUCACGCUCAUAAAGUUGUAUGAGGAGCUGGAAAGUUUUACUCCGUUGUGGAAGCAAGUACCUAAUAUGACCGAAGUGGUUCGAUCCGUCAUGCGAGAAGCAAAAGAUGGAGUUCACAUUAUUGGAUUCUCUCAAGGUAUUAUGGUACUACAUGGAUAGGCAAAUAAUUGCAUUGAAUUAUCUUGGAUUCCCUUCUCGCAGAAAAAUAUAAAAUGAAAUAUGUCAGCACUCUACCAAGAUAUUGCUAUAUUUUCGGGAAAACAGUGGCGAGGGAAAGUAACAUCAUAAGUGUUUUAUAAAGUUGACCCGUUGACUUUUUGCAUUCCGUGGGUAGAGAUUUUGAGCAUCUGAUGGCCUUGUUACAAAUUCACCAAACGCCAGCGUCGCGCUUGAACUUAGCACUUCCGGGUCCAGCGUGAUGCUGGACAUUGAUUUUGUUCAUUUCACUUUCCAGGGUGCAAAGGAAGUCAUGUUUACAGCUUGCCAUUCGGGUAAGCUGAAGCUAACAUUUACGAGCCCAAACAUCAUUUCAACUAGCCCACAAAACAUUUUGAUGAGCAGAUUGAUUUCACAGUUCUUCUGUAAUUUGAAUUCCUCAAAAAAAUUCACUUGCCGUCGGGCAAGUUAAUAACAGAAUUCACUAGCCCCAAAGCAAAAUCCACUAGCCCAGGGCUAUCGGACACUACUUUCUUUGCACGCUGCUUUCGAUCUGAAAUUGGGGUAACUGCAGAAUACCCUACCAUUCGAUACGUAUGUGCUACUUCACAUAGCUUUUAUUCAGUAAUAAAAGUACAAUUUGAAACUGCUGGUUAUGUGGUUUGCCGAUACAUGUACAUUUAUAAAUACUAAAAUAAAUACUAAAAAAUAUAACCUGGCUAUUCAGUAACUUGCAAAGGAUUCUAUCAGUAGUGGAUCUAGGGGAGAGCCCAGGCCCCCUCUUGUUUUAGAACAAACAGAGGCCCAGAAGCCUAAGAAAAAUUGUUUUCCAUAGACGGCCCUUCUUAUCUCCAGGUCUGGAGAAGUGCCCCUCACCCCUGUAAGAUUUAAGAAUCCCAGUUGGUAGGAGGCAAGCCAGUUGGCUAUUUACAAGCUUGGCCAAGGAUUGAGGGUUUGUACAGAUUUUUGGAUCCAAAAUUCAAGACUUUUUUCCCAAACAAUUUUUUUUUCCAGACUCAAGGUUAUCAAUAGGUGAUCAAUAUAGACCCUAAAAAAGCAGGAACAAAGCUUUUUUUGUGAUGCACUGCAAACGUAUGGUCAAGAUUGAAUAAGAUUUAAAAAAAAAAAUCACCUGUAAAAGCACUUAUAAUUGUAUCUUUGAAAAAAAACCUCGAGACUUUUUACCAUUUUUCCAGACUUUAUCUCUAUUUUCCAGACAAUUUCCCAGGUCUGAAAAAUUGCUGGGCAAAUUUAGAGACUUUUGCAAGAAUUCAAGACUGUACGAAUCCCUGAGGAUUUCAACUCAGGACAACUGGGAAUAAAACCAGUUAGCGGUCAGGGUGCGACUUGAAUUCGGGGCCUCUGGAUUUCAAGGCCAAUGCGCUAACCACAUGGCCAGUUUGAAGUAAAAAUCACGCCUCAAUCUGAUAAUCUGAAUUUUACUUUGACCUAUAACAUAGCCAUAUAGUAACAUUUUAAAGGGGCUUUUAAGAGUGGUCAUGUAUACAGCCAUGGAAAAUGUUACCUGUUUUAUGAAAUUCACUAACACUUUUUUCAUACAACUUGCUCUUUUUCUAUUUUAAGGUGGAAUCACAGCUCGUGCUAUCCUAGAGACCAUGGAUGAUCACAAUGUUGAUAGUUUCAUCUCACUCUCAAGCCCUCAAAUGGGACAAUAUGGAGGUUAGUUGUAGUCAGGAAGUUACAAAGAAAUUAAAUGAAAAAAAAACAAGAUAACACUAUUUUUACAUCUCCUAUUGCAGAUCUAGAUGGAACCACCAUGUUAUGUGGUCAUUCAAGCCAUGUGAAGGUCUAUAGAUCUGUUUGCAGGGCAAAGGCGGCACCUUGAUUUCUCAGUUAUGCUAAGACCUUGAGUAUUGAUUCUGCACAGGGAAUGGAACCCACAACCUCCUGCUCUGCAGUCAAACCUUUUACCAAAUGAGCUAAUCCUGCUAUGGUUAAAAGAUAAACUUAAAACUAAAAAUACAUGUUAUUGUUAUAUAUAUUCGCAAUAACUCAUUAUUAACUAAAGACACAAUAUCCUGUUUUUAGAUACCAGCUAUCUAAAGCCUUACCUUCCUCCAGCAGCCAGAAAGGACCUUUACUUGUAAGUUCCUAUUCCAUGUAAAUAUUAAUUUUAACUCAGUACAACAACAAUCCAUAUCUUUUGGAAAUUAUGCCCAAAAUAAUUAAAUGUAUUGUGUCUCUUUAAGAGAAUGUUCCAAUUUGUUUUAUUUUUCAGAUUCUUCUACACAAACUAUUUUCAAAACAAAUUUUCUCUGGCAAACUAUUGGAAUGGUAAGAAUGCAAAAUUUAAUGAUAAACUGAGCCGGCCUUAAAAUGCAUAAAAUCUGUUUCUGUUUCACUGGUGACUAUCCUUGAAAAGCCUGACUGACAGGGAGAGGAUGAUAGUAAUCAUGACGCAGUUACAACAGUGUUUGUAUGUUUUCAUCUCUCAAAUAAGAUGUUCGAUCCAAGAAAGCAGAUUAGCCAUUGCAGUGACAAUACAUUUUUUUAACAACAGAUCCAUAUCAUGAAGACAAGAAUUAUGAGUAUAAUAUCUUCUUGCCAGUGGUGAAUAAUAACAAUGCUUCAAAGUUUUUCAAUGUUACAGGUACGAAUGAAGUUAAUAGAUUUAUACCUAUUCAUUGUGACAGUUUUUUAGAUAUAAGCCGCCAGGGUGCAUUUCCUCUAGAUUUAUCACCUUUUCAUGCUAGGUAAGAAGGUAAAAAGGUAAAGGCGCACACAAGCCAAAGACUCAAACGGCCAGAGCUUAUCCUAGUUUCCUUAGCAUGAAACAUGCCGAGGAGUAUUGCUACUCCCUCCUGGACGGGAUGCUAGUCCAUCGCAAGGUCACCCCCAACAGUAUGUUGCUGGUAUCCAUUUAUACACUUGGGCAAAGAGACAUAAAGUGGAGUAAAGUUCCUUGUCUAAGGAAACAAUGCGACUGGCAAGGCUUGAACCCUGGACCCCCACAUCCGGAGAUUGAGGUGUUAACUGCCCAACCACACAUGCCUCCAUGCUAGGUAAAAAGGUGAUACUUACCCACACACAUGAUUUAUUAGUUUAAAGACAGAAAGCUCACGAGUUAUAAUAGCAGGCGACAAGAGGAGCCCGCAAUCCUAAUCUCCAGGUUGUUAUUAUACGUGGGUUUCAUGUAUGUAGCCUGUAUUUGUUUGGACUUCCACUAAGAAUGAAUGGAAUGCACAGAAGGCAAUUUGAUCACUCAUGUUUUAGGGCCUUCUAUCACUUGUAAUCUGAUCACGCAUGUUUUGACCACCUAUCAUGUGAAACUUGCGCAAAGCACAGCACUGGAGCAGAAGCGUUUUGACCUUCGAUUGCUGUAAUUCUGUAACCUUUGGUUAUCACUAGUUUUAAUGACAGGUAAUCUUGAAUGAUGACUGUGAAUCAAUCGUUUCAUUUAUUCAGAUAGUAAAAGAUUCAAGGAUAAUUUUUUGCGGAUCAAGAACUUAGUGCUGAUUGGAGGACCCGAUGAUGGUGUCAUUACACCAUGGCAGUCCAGGUAAAGUGCAUAAAUUUGCUGGUACCACAUUUUUGUAGGUUCUCAAAAGUAUAUAAGUGCAUAAGACAUACCAUAAUAUUAUUGCCACAUAAAGUCCCCUGGAUAUAUGCCCCCUGCUAGCUCAUGUUUUAACGCUUUAUUAAAAAACAGCAGGAAUUGCAAAAUGUUUUUUGAUCCGCUUUCACAAAAAAUAUGUAGCUUUUAUAAAAUAGCACUUUUUCAAUUCGUAUGUAAGCCCCUCCAUGCCCUCCUUAAACCCCUUGGGAAGUUGUAUAAGCCCAGGGAUUAUAAGGGGCAGGUUACAGUAUCUCAGCCGGCAAAUAAUUUUUAUCAUAAUUUUAGAAGGGAUAAUGUUUGAUCAUGCCACCAUUUCAGUCAGACAAAACUGAAACAUUUUUGGAUCAAAUAAUGUUGAUUUCAAAUUUCUUAAAGUACCAUGCAAAUCUUCAGCUAUAAAAUGAGUGUCUAGGGUCAUUGAUCUUUCCAGUGAUUAUGUCCUGAAUUUUUUUGGACAAGGGGAGAUUUUAGUUGGUCGUGACUGACUGAUAGACUGUAUUUGCAGCGUUUGCUCGUGGAUAGAGUAACCUUGGGUUUUUGAAAUGUCGUUUACCCUUUAAAUUAAAGUCAGUUCGACUCCUUCUCCACAAUGAUUAUAAUAAGGGAGGAGGGAACAGGCAGGGCUCAGAAGAAAGUCCCAUCCAUUACUGCCUGGUAGUUUGGGACAAGUAGAUUUCUUUGCCUGGCAAGUAACUUUGAAAGCUAAUACUUGCCCAAUGGGCCAGGUAAGUCAUCCCCUAAUGAAAUAAUUAACUAUCAGUAAGACGAGCAAGAAGUGGCCCCGGUGCAAGCAAAAUUUAAGUGCAAGCUGCUUACCCAAAGGACAAGCUAGAUUUCCAGGUUUUUUCAAGCCCUGAACAGGGCUAUUGUUUGUAUUUCUAACAUAGGCCUUGAAAUUCCUGAUGGAAUUAGUUGUGUAUUAUCUUAUUUUUCAGCCAAUUUUGCUUUUAUAACAUGAACUUGACAGUGGUGGACAUGACGAAGCAACAGGUUAGCAUGACUUGUUAGAUAAGUAUGAAUAUAUAUAUUCAUUUAAUGUUUGACGUCAAUAAUUCAAUAGCCAAACUAAGGUAAUCACUAAUAUUAGCCAAAAGUUACUAAACCUGAGGUAAUAGUACUGUAAGUCAGUGCUUGAAUUAAAACUGAGGUGCUUAUUUCAAGUUCACGAUAAAUUGGGGGCAUUUACUUGAGGAGAGGUACUUAUUAAUAUUAUCCAAGUAUGCCAUAUAAAAUUUAAACAGAUAAAAUUAUUGUUUUGGUUUAUUUUACUCUAAAUGAAAAAUUACUUUCUGUGAUUUAUGUCUUAGUCCAUCUCAAUAUUAAUAAUAAUAAAAACAAAUGUUUGUAAAAGGAAACAACUAAGAAACAAAAAACUCAAAAGUCUGAAUGUUUAAUGUAAUACUCCCCUAUAUAUAAGGCCCAAUCUUUUCAUGUACUUUAUUAAUAGUAAGUUGUAUUUUGCAUGUAAUGUUAUUUAGAUAUAUCUUGAAGAUACAUUUGGCCUGCGCAGUUUGGAUGAAAGAGGAUCACUUCAUCGCUACACUUUUUCAGGAGUAAACCACACCCAUUGGCAUGGAACAAAGAAAGUGUUUGAUGAGGCAAUAGAAAAGUGGUUAACAUAAGAUGUUAUUUUACCAAAUUUAUAUUAAAUAUAAAUUAGGCACUUCUUGAAAUUAUUGAUUCCCAGCUGGUACAGUGAAACCUGUAUUAAGUGGACACCGUAUUAAGUAGACACCCUCUAUUAUGCGGACAGUAGCCGAAGUCCCAAAAUUUACCUCCCUUAUUUGCUUAAAAUAAAACCUUUAUUAAGCAGACACCUCUAUUAAGCGGACGUGGACACCUAAAAAGUACCUGAAAUGGUCAUUUCUAUUGUUACCAACCUGUAUUAAACGGACACUUGUAAUCAAAUGCCACCACCCAACAUGCCAGACACCGGAAAUGCAAAGAUGGCCUGGAAUUGCCACCCACAAAUUUUUCUAUUUUUACAUUAAAAAACUUGACUUGACGAACAUAUUUGAUUAGUGUUUCCUAUUUCGUUUUGUUUGCAAUGUAUAGAGCUUGUUUCACUCAUCUGAUUUCUUCAAAUUUGAGUUGCAAUCUAUGUUUAUGGUAUUAUGAUCAACUGGUCCACUUUGAUAAAGAAAUUAAUGCAAAUGUAUAUCCUCAAAAUCUCUGGGAGUAUUCUUAACCUUUCCACUGUUCAGUUUAAAUGGCAUUUGACACCUCAUAUGACUUUAUCUAUCGAAACCUGUAUUAGGCAGACACCCUGUAUUAAGCGGACACUACAGCAUUCCCCAAGAGUGUCCGCUUAAUACAGGUUUCACUGUAUUAUGAAAGUCUUAUGCAGUAUAAUUUUUAUUAUAUAUUUUUAAAUCCUUGAUUAUUCAUUGAGAACAAAAAACUAUAGGACUCAUAUAGAUUUCAGUAAGUUAAUGCGCAUUCAUUUUCCAUCUACCUAUUCAAUGUUUUUCCUUACAGUAGCAGCUAGUAGGAAUUUGCGCACACUUACCUGUUAAGAGCAAAUUUUCUAUGCAAGUAAACAAUAAGAGUGUAUAAAUCAUGGCACAAUUUUUUAAGUUUCCAAACUCAACUGGAAGUAGAGAUUCACUGAAAUUUGAAAGCAUGAAAAUGAUUAAUUAUUGUGAUGAGAAGAUUCAUACAUUGAGGACCUGUAAUGUCAUGCUAGCCACCUUCAAAAUUGUUGUGCUUUAAUAUUCAUAAUAUCAAAUCAAAUUGAAAGGUAUCUAGGAUUAAGAUCUCUAAAACGUGUUAUUUAAACAAUAAUAUAAUAUAUUAUUGUUCAAAAAUUAUAUUAUAGUUAUUAUCACUUUUUACAUAAAAUGUCAAAACAAG